AUGUUGAACAUCGAGUUUGUCAACGCACAUAAUGGCAGCCAGUUGACUGAUAGCGAACUGUCAAUACCCCGGGAAAUUCAAUUGCACGGUGACAUUCUCCCGAUUCCGUCAGAUGAGCGGUUCUGGGCCCUGGAUCAAACAAACUCGUCAAAAUAUGUGGACUAUGUAUCUCACAAACCCACCGUGGAAAGUUCAUUGCCCCCCCCACCGAUUUCACAGCCGAGACCACCGAAACGAAAGAGGGUACAGUUGAAUGUCCUAGAUAGCGAUGAUGAUGAAAUCCAGGAGGUCAAACCACCACCUCUAUCCCAAGAAUACGAGUUCUACUGUCGGUGUGGAAGCCGGGAACAUGGAGAUCUCCAGCAAGAGAGCGAAGUGGCAAUUCAGUGUGAUAACUGCGAGCGCUGGUCUCACGUAGCUUGCCAGAGGGAUGGUCGGGCAAGUAACUUGACAAAAAAGCAGUCAUUUUACUGUGAUGCUCCUGACUGUGCGCCAUAUAGUGACCUUUGCCUAGAUAUUUAUAUAGUGAACGGGAACUCAUCAAUUAUAUGCAGACCAGGGAAGGGGGCACUAGCACGCCAUGGCAAAUACUGGUAUCCUGUCAGGAUAAAGUCAUGUCAGCGUGUGUCUGGAAGUCUGAGGACAUCGUUCACCGUCAAAUGGUGGAGGCACUGUUCUUUCAAACUCGGUACCACUCAACCUCCAGGUGAGGUUGGCGAGGGAGAUAUAGUUGAUGCUCUCUAUGGAGAUCGUAAACGUCGCCGCAUGAUCCGGCUCGGGAAAUGGACUCACGCUCACGAAGUUCCCCAGCAUGAGGAUGUCAUUGCAAACUUUAGGAAUAUACCCUACAGCAUUAAUAUCGACGAAGCAUUGGCUCCUCACACUCAACUCCUUACAGAUAUUCUUGAGCAGCCGGAUCCUGUGAAAAUGCGCGACACAGUCCCAGUUCUUGGAUAUCUCGCUGACCUGUCAGAGAAAUCAGGUCGUAGGCACACUACAGUCCCGUAUUGCGGUGAUCUGUCACUCACGGACUGUGCUCAUAUUGCAAACUGGAUUUACCGAAAUGUCCCUGGUGCAGCUGAACGAAUUAUCAAUUGGCUAAACUGUGCUACAUAUGCACAUGCUUGCACUAUCGUAGUUUCGAAGCGCAAGAAAAACUUACUCCAGGAGCCAGCCGAAAAUAUCCUCAUUGAACAAAACGCGAUUCUCCAGGCUGCCUGGCUUGACCUCCAACUCAGCUAUGAUCUGACCUCGAUGGACAUAGACGUCGACUUGGAGUGUCUUGGCAUACUGGAACAGCGGAUGUUCGAGCUCUCGUUGGCUGCAGGAGCUGCAGGAAAUGAACAAUGGGGCAAAGAUGCUGGUGCACACCAAGAGCGAUGGAAUCCCUAUGAGGGCCUCCCUGAGCACUGGAAUCAUGGCGACCGAGAUUCAUACGCACCGGAAUUUGAAGGAGAAGUAGACGUGCGUCAUCAUCGCUUUUCAUCGCGGAUCAGUCUGACAUGGUUCGACUAA